AUGAUAUUUGCAAUAAAAAAAGGUUUAUAAAAGUUGGACAUUUUUGGUCAAAUAAUCACUCUUAAUAUGAAUAAAAAUGAGCUUUACACAACAUCAUUUGGAGGCUUUUCUUCCAUUCUAAUUAUUUGCCUUUUAAGUCUAAUUUUUUAUUCUAAUAUCAUUUCAUUCUUUAAAAUGCAAAAUAUUUAACAUGAAAGUGAAGUAAUCUUAUCAAAUGACCCUGAACUAAUUGAAAUGAAUGAAAAAAAUUCUAUGAUUGCAAUUUCAAUAGAUUAAAAUAAUUUUACUACUAAUCCAUACUUUAACAUUUCUUUAGAAUAAAGGUACUAAGAUUUAUAAAUAUUAUUUGAGAAUCUAUAUUAGAAAAUAAGACGGUACAAUAUAAAAAGAAACAAUUGAAAUUCCAUUAAAGCCAUGUACAUUAGAUCGUUUUAAUAAUAUUUUUUUAGAUGAAGGAGUAGAUUUCACAAAUUAAUUUAAUUUCUAAGGAAUAGGAAAUAUGUUAUGUCCAAUGUAAUUGAUUUAAAUUAUAAGUUUUAAGUGAAAAUUAUGCAUUUCAUCUAGAAGGAACUUAUUCAAGUUAAACUUUUAAAUUUUUAAGAAUAAUUGUAAAAAGUUGCAAAAAUUCAGAAAUAAAUAAUCAAAUAUGGAAUCCGACUUGUGGAUCUGAAAGCGAUCGAUAAAAUUAUUUAAAUGAAAAUGGUUAAUUUAAAUUGCAAAUAAUACAAAUAAAUACUGUUAUAAAUCCAUAAAAAUCUGAAAAAUAUAAAACUAUUUAUAUUGAUAGUGAUAUGUAUUUUCCUUUCGUUCCACUUAAGUUAGCUAGAUUAGCAAAUAUCUUUUAUAGAUAAUUUAUUUUAAAUAAUGAUAAUAGUUUAUUACCUUUUGAGUAAAUAAUAAUAAUAAAUAUCUAAUUAGAAAAGUAGAUAAAGAAGAGAUUAUAAUGAGGAAAGCAGAAGACUAUCGUGAUUUAACAUAAUUAGGAAGAGACACAGAUGACAAUUAUGCUAUUGUAUAUUUAAGAAGAAGUCCUUUUACUGAGAUUGUAAAUAGAAGAUUUUAAAAGUUGGGUGAACUUUUAUCAUAUUUGGGUGGAUUUAUGUAGAUAAUGAAAGUUUUAUUUGGUUUUGUAAUAGCCUUUUACAAUAGAACUUCUAUGCUUAUUGAAUUGGCAAAUAAGUUAUAUGACUUUAAAGAUGAAAAAGAUGUUAAAAAAUUAAAGACUGUUAAUACGAUAGAAUAUUUAGAGCAAAUAUCAUCUCCUAUUGAUGUAUUUCAAAUUAAUGAAAAUUAAGUAAAUCCAACUUAAGAUAUCUCAAAUAUUGAAUGGAAAGAUUAUUUCAAUAAAUUAGUUUAAAAGUCCAAACCUAUUAAAUUUAAUUUUAAGUUAUUCAUUAAUUAAUUAUCAUUUGGAUAUUUAUUUAAGGAUAAAAAUUCAUUAUUUCUUUAAAAAGCAAUGUAAUUCAAGAAUUAUUAUAUUUAUUUAGUGAAAAAAUUAACUAAGAGUUAGAUCUUCACACAAUAUUUUAUUAAUUACAUGAGAUAAAUAAAUUGAAAUAAAUUUUUUUAAGAAAAUCUUAAAUAAUUUUAUUUAAUUUUUCACCUAAACCAAUUAUAACAUUGGGUAUUGAUUAGGCUCUUCCUUCAAGACUUUCAUUAAAUAAUAAUUAUAAUCCAUUACAAAUAUAGGAAUCUCAAGAAGAAUAAUUAAAUGAAGAAUUAUUUACAAAAUUGUAAUAGGUAGUUUGAUUUCUAUAUAGUAGGCUUACAAAGAAAUUUUAAAAGAAAUAAACUAGAAUUCUUCAAACUUAUGUCAAAUGAAUAUAAAUCUAAAGCUAACUCAACUUAUAGGGUAAGAUUUUAUGAAAUUAAUUUAACCUUUUCAAUAAAGAAGGAAUGCAUUUCAAAUAUUAGAUUCAAAUUUAAAUCAAGAAACAUGA